AUGUCCUCAUCACAAAGUCGGCUCCUUGCGAUUGCUCAUUUGUUCAUAUCAGGUGCUCUUUCAACAACAUUUACAAUAACGAACAAUUGUAUCUACACAGUAUGGCCAGCCAUUCUGCCAGAUAUAUCAACUGUAAACACAAUCGGUUUUUCCCUUGAAAAGAAUGAGUCAAGGAUCAUAACAGAACCAGCUUCCUGGAGUGGGCGUAUUUGGGGCCGCACGAAUUGCACCGAAGACUCCUCAGGAAAUUUCUCCUGCAUCACAGGCGACUGUGGCUCAGGAAAACUAGAAUGUUCAGGCAGCCCUGCUCCUCCUGUAACGAUGGUAGAGUUAUCGAUUGGUGGUGAUAAUGGCCUUGAUUAUUUUGAUAUUAGUCUUGUUAAUGGCUUCAACCUGCCUUUGGUUGUUGUGCCUUCUGCUCAGAACUGUACAAGCUCAGGAUGCUUUGCAGAUUUGAAUGAAUCAUGUCCUUCAGAGCUUCAGGUUACCAGUGCCACAGAAGGCAAGACUGUGGGAUGCACAACCGCGUGCCAAGUGACUGGGCUGUCGAUGUUUUGCUGUAAUGGCACCAGCAGAACACCUCAUAAAUGCAAGCCUUCAUUGUAUUCUCGAUUUUUUAAAGAUUCGUGUCCACAGGCUUACAGCUAUUCUUAUGAUGACGCGACCUCUAUGUUCAGUUGUGCAUCUACUAAUUACCAAGUUACAUUCUGCCCAGUCAAGACACAAAACAACUCUCUGCCAACAUCAGGGGAGAUAACACCAGGUCCUCCACCAGAAAUAAGGCCUAAUGCUGCUUCAAAAAGACGUUGGGUGCCAAUCAUAGCAGGACUCGUGGGUGGUGUUCUUGCCAUUAUUUCUUUUGUAGUUAUUAUUGUUUGGAGGGUCAGGGGGAGCAGGUCUGAAGAUACUGAGGAGGAUGUGGAAGACGAUCAAAUAAAGCAAGUUCCAGGAAUGCCUGUUGUGUUUUCAUAUGAAAAACUGUGCGUUGCAACCGAUGAUUUCAAGGAAAUACUUGGAAGAGGAGGCUUUGGGUCUGUGUUCAAAGGAGUACUUGCUGACGGAACAGGAAUUGCUGUGAAGCGUGUGGAAAAAGUAGGCCAAGGAAAAAGAGCAUUUGUAGCCGAAGUUCAGACAAUCGGAAGUCUACACCAUUUUAACUUGGUGAGGUUGAUAGGAUUUUGUGCAGAGAAAUCACACAGGCUUUUAGUAUUCGAGUAUCUGAGUAACGGAUCAUUGGAUAAGUGGAUUUUUAAGAAAAGCCAAGAAUCUUCCCUUGAUUGGCAGACACGAAAGAAGAUUAUUCUUCACAUCGCGAAAGGGCUGGCUUAUCUUCAUGAAGAAUGCCGACAGACCAUAAUGCACCUCGAUAUAAAGCCGCAGAACAUACUCUUAGAUCCAAAUUUUAAUGCCAAAAUCUCUGACUUCGGGUUAUCUAAACUGAUUGAUAGGGAGAUGAGCCAAAUUCAACUGACAAUGAGAGGAACCCCUGGAUAUCUUGCUCCAGAAUGGCAUCAAGCAUUAGGCCGCAUCACUGUAAAAGUUGACAUUUACAGCUUUGGAAUUGUUCUACUGGAAGUCAUUUGUGCACGCAAAUGCGUUGAUCACUCGCAACCAGAAUCUGCCUUCCAUUUGCUUAGAAUGUUGCAGAACAAAGCUGAAAACAUUUGGAAAUAUUUAGUUGAAUAUAUGCAGAGUGAUAGGGAGGAAAUAAUCAGGAUGAUAAAGAUUGCUGCUUGGUGUUUACAAGAUGACCCAGAAAGUAGGCCACCCAUGUCAACAGUUGUGAAAGUAUUGGAGGGUGUAAUGGAGGUAGAUUCAAACCUGGUGUAUAGGUUUUCACAUGCAUCCUCCCCCUGUGCUCUUUCAACAACAUUUACAAUAACGAACAAUUGUAUCUACACAGUAUGGCCAGCCAUUGUGCCAGAUCAAUCAACUGUAAACACAACCGGUUUUUCCCUUGAAAAGAAUGAGUCAAGGAUCUUAACAGCACCAGCUUCCUGGGUUGGGCGUAUUUGGGGCCGCACGAAUUGCACCGAAGACUCCUCAGGAAAUUUCUCCUGCAUCACAGGCGACUGUGGGUCCGGAAAACUAGAAUGUUCAGGCCCCGGUGCUCCUCCUACAACUUUGGCAGAGUUCACGACUGGCAGUACUAAUGGCCUUGAUUUUUAUGAUGUUAGUCUUGUUGAUGGCUUCAACCUGCCUUUGCUUGUUGUGCCUUCUGCUCAGAACUGUACAAGCUCAGGAUGCUUUGCAGAUUUGAAUGAAUCAUGUCCUUCAGAGCUUCAGGUUACCAGUGCUACAGAAGGCAAGACUGUGGGAUGCACAACCGCGUGCCAAGUGACUGGGUUGUCGAUGUUUUGCUGUAAUGGCACCAGCUCAUCACCUGAUAAAUGCAAGCCUUCAUUGUAUUCUCGAUUUUUUAAAGAUUCGUGUCCACAGGCUUACAGCUAUUCUUAUGAUGACGCGACCUCUAUGUUCAGUUGUGCAUCUACUAAUUACCAAGUUACAUUCUGCCCAGUCAAGACACCAAACAACUCUCGGCCAACAUCAGGGGAGAUAACACCAAGUCCUCCACCAGAAAUAAGGCCUAAUACUGCUUCCAAAAGACGUUGGGUGCCAAUCAUAGCAGGACUCGUGGGUGGUGGUCUUGCCAUUGUUUCUGUUGUAGUUAUUAUUGUUUGGAGGGUCAGGGGGGCAGGUCUGAGGAUACUGAGGAUGUGGAAGAUGAUCAAAUAA